CUCCUCUCUUCACCUCCUCUGCUCGCGGCGGUCGAUACGGACACAAGUCAAAGCUCCUGUGUCGCUCCAGCUCUGAGAGGCUGCUGAAGGACCUUCGGUCGGAACACAGACACAAAGAUCCACCUGCACCUGCACCUGCACCUGCCCGGAGGCUCCGCGAGGACACGAGCAACUUCUGCAGACAUACACCGACAGCUGAGCCUGAGGAAGAUGAAACUGGAUGUGCCCCUUCCUGUACUGCUGUGUACCAUCUGUCUCCUCGUCCUGCCGUCGUCCUCUACCCACCACCACGAGUCAGGUUGCCUCUCCUCAGAUGACUCGAAGCUGCUGCAGGUGACCAUCCCCACCACCCCGCCUGUGGUUGCUGUGCUGGGCGGCUCUCUGACGUUACCCUGCCUGGUGUCUCUGGCCCAUCCGCCACCAUCCCCCUCCACCAACGGCCGCCACGCUGUGCUGUCCCUCCCCCGGGUAAAAUGGAGCGUGCUGACUCAGGGCCGAGAGACGGAGAUCCUGGUGGCCCGCGGCGACAGGGUGAGAGUCAGCGAGGCCUACAAAGACCGAGCCUCACUGCUCAACUACGCCUACUCCCCCGCCGACCUCACCCUGCGGCUGGAGAGCCUGAGGCAGAACGACACUGGCUUCUACCGCUGCGAGGUGCAGCAGGGCCUGGAGGACGCUGAUGAUGUGGCUCAGGUCAAGGUCAAAGGGGUGGUGUUCCAUUAUCGCGAUGCAUCCAGCCGCUACGCCUUCACCUUUGAGCGGGCCAGAGAGGCCUGCGAGGAGAUCGGGGCGGAAAUUGCCACUCCAGAGCAGCUCCUGGCCGCCUACCACAGCGGAUACGAGCAGUGUGAUGCAGGCUGGCUCUCAGACCACUCAGUGAGAUAUCCCAUCCACACACCAAGAGAGGGCUGUUUUGGGGACAUGGAUGGAUUGCCGGGGGUGAGGAACUAUGGACUGUUAGAGCCUGAUGAGCUGUACGACGUCUACUGCUACGUGGAGAAUAUCGAUGGUGAAGUAUUCCAUGGCUCCGCCCCCCAGCGCUUCACCUUCUGGGAGGCCAAGGCCUACUGUCUGAGUCACGGGGCCGAGCUGGUCACCACAGCUCAGCUGUACGCAGCCUGGAAUGACGGACUGAACCUCUGCAGUCCGGGCUGGCUGGCAGACGGGAGUGUGCGCUACCCCAUCGUCACCCCCAGAGAGCGCUGUGGAGGAGGUGAACCUGGGGUCAGAACUGUGUAUCGCUACAGCAACCAGACGGGCUUCCCUGAGGCUCACACUCGUCACGACGUCUACUGCUUCAGAAGCCAUAAUGGCCCUUACACAGAAUCUCCUCAGGAUUUUCUUGCCACGGAGCCAGAGGACAUUGGCCAGGACAUUGUUUUCUUUACUAAUCCUGCAGAGGAGGAGGAGGAGGAGGGGUUCAGCCUGAGCAAGGUGAUGGCUAAGGAGGGUGAAGACGUCCAACAUGCCCAGACAGCCAAUCCCGUAAAGCAGGGCCCGGUGGAGGCUCACUCAACAUUGGGUUAUGAGAAGGUGGAUGUUCAUCAGACUGUCACUCCUCCAGCUGAGCAUCAGGUGCACGAGGUCAUAGAGAAGGCCAGCUACCCAGAGUCUUAUCAGCCUGCACCUGAAGAAAACACAGACACAGAUCACGAAGAGUCUCACACGCUUCCAACGACUCAUCCAACGGCUGAUGACGUAGUAACUGUUGGUGAAGACUCCACUUUACCCACAGCUGAUGCAACAGCUUCAGAGAGCGGAGAGCCUUCAGAGCAUCAUAUCUCUGUGACUGACAGCCUGGAUACGCCAGCUGUUACUGCAACAUCUGGAACUGAUGCAAAUGAGCUCUUCAGCAGCUCUCCAGUGGCUCCUCAGGAGGGCGACCUUCCUGUUCUUCAAGAGGACCACACUCCAGAUGACCACCUGGAACUCGCCUCUGAAGUUGAGCUCGUCUACUCAAGCACUUCUUAUGAUGUUUCAGGGCAGCCAGAAGAGGCCAGCGCUGGGCCUGUUGAGGAGAUAUCAGCCGUGACUUCUUCACCCCACACCAAGGAAAUAGAUGUUCACUCUGCCACUCUGCUGCCAUCCUUUGUCAACAGUACGCCUGAGAGUCUUCCAACAGAAGAGGCGUCUGGAGGGGAGGAGACACAAAACACUGUGACUCAAAGUUUGGCUGGUGUGGACACCUCUUCCCCCUCUGAACUGGUCCCUACGUCUGAUUUAGGUGAUGAUCGCACCACGGAGCACCCAGAAGUAACUGUGGAGUUGUCCAUCCUGGUCAAUCAUACUGAUGAGGAGUCUGAUAGCGCGUCAGGGGAGACAGCACCAGAUGAUCAAACAGACCAGAGCGGACACUUCCACCCUGAAGACGUCGCCACAGCAGAGGUCAUCACAGCCACAGUAGAGGUCAUCACAGCCACAGCAGAGGUCAUCGCAGCCACAGACGACUCCAGUGUGAACGCUCCGGUCUUAAACAGUGAUCCAGUUACUCUGAUGACAUCCCCUGUAUCUGUAACCCUGUCUCCACCUGCUGUGGAGGUUGAAGCCAGCUCCCCAGAGAUUAUAACCUUCAUACCCGAAAGCAAUACUUCAUCUGGGGCCGAACCUCAGGAGGACAUCCAGGACAAACUUGAACAGGAGGUAUUAGGAGAAAGCCCAGCGGUAUUUCUGAACACACCCCAAAAUAUCACAGAAAGUGAUCCGGAGGGGACGGAGCGAGAUGCCAGAGAGGGAUCAGGUGAAUCCUCAGGAGAAAGCCCAGAGGUGACACCAGAACUGCUGCUGACAAAUCCAGCUCAUUCAACGGACCAUGCUUCAGAGGAAAAUGACAAUGAGGAUGCCACUGAUGCACCAUCAUCUUCAUCAGAUAUAAAAAUCACACUGAUCCCUCAUCUGACCCUCACACCCGGCUGGGAGCCAGAGCCUUCCUCCUCCACACUACAGGAGUCUCGCUCUGAGCAGGAACACAGCGCCAAGCUGCCUGUCACUGAGGAAUCUGAUGAUGCCUCUAACGAGCAGGAGGUCGUGACCGAGAUCACCACUGCUAGCAUCAAUGAACAUGGAUCAGAGGGACAUGAGGGAGAGAGCGGCACCGACGAGCCUCCAGUUAAAGUUUGCACGUGGCAUCCCGAUGAGGAGGAAACCAACGCUCCGACGCACGCCGCCGACAGCAGCGAUGUGACGAUCACUGCUCCCACCAUGUUCCCACAGUAUCCCGCCCUGGCUGCGUCCCUGCCUGCUGCCAGAGUGUCUGCUGUCAGACCAGGAGCCAUGUCAGACUCCUGCCUGGAGAACCCGUGUUUGAAUGGAGGCACUUGUGUCGACGGUGAAUCAGCACGAUGUCUUUGUUUGCCUGGUUAUGGAGGAGAGUUGUGCCAGACAGACGUGGAGGUGUGUGAGCCCGGCUGGGAGAAGUUUCAGAGCUUUUGUUACCGUCACUUUGCCAAGAGGCAGAGCUGGGAGGCGGCUGAGCAGCACUGUCGCAUGUGUGGAGGACAUCUACUUUCUGUCAUGACCCCUGAGGAGCAGGACUACAUCAACGACAAAUACAGAGAAUAUCAGUGGAUCGGACUGAAUGACAGAACCAUCGAGGGAGACUUCCGCUGGUCGGACGGGAACCCUCUGCUCUAUGAGAACUGGUUCAGAGGUCAGCCUGACAGCUACUUCCUGUCAGGUGAGGACUGUGCGGUGAUGGUGUGGCACGACGGCGGCCACUGGAGCGACGUGCCAUGUAACUACCACCUGUCCUACACCUGCAAGAAGGGCAUCUCAUCCUGCGGUGAGCCCCCCAAAGUUCCCAACGCUAAGGUAUUUGGGAAGAAACAUUUGCGCUACGAGACCAACACCAAGGUGCGGUACUACUGUGAGGAGGGUUUUGUGCAGAAACUGAAUCCGGUCAUCAAAUGCCUGCCCGGUGGCCAAUGGGAAGAGCCUCUGAUUGCCUGCAUCCCAACCCCGUCGAUGGAAGAAGACCCAGUUACCUCACUUCCCUCCCAGCACGAGGCAGUCAUGGAGGCUCUGGAGGUGAUGGGAUCAGCCACAGAGAAAGCAGCUCCGCUGUUCUGGGACAUUAAGUGGAAUGUCUGAAGCCAUCCUGCCUUUUUUUACAAAACAAUAUUUCAUCUCCUGGUUUCCCCGUUUUCUUGUGUCUCAAAGACUUUCCUGUCCAGUCUGUGUUAAAGUGUACGAAUCUAAUCUUUCAUCUUAACUUCACGUCAAGGCCGCAGAUCUUACAGUCAUGGAAAAUCUGGAAAACUUGAAAUCCAAACAUGUGUUCUUUAGGUAAAGAAUGUUACAGAAACUUAAAGCAAAUUUGGCCACAUUAAAAAAACACUCCAAGCCUGAAUGUUUCUUGAUCCCGAGAUCCCUGAAAAAAAGGCCAUCCAACAUAUCUUAUAAAACAGUCGUAUGAAGAGAUAAGAGCGGAUCCUCCACACUGUUCAAAACAGCAAAUUUAUAUCAGACACUUUGAUUCAACAUCCAUCUCCCCCUUUUUUAUUUAAAGACCUUCUAAUUGUUAAUUUGUGUUUUCAGCUCUGGACAGUUGGUCAAAUCCUCUAUUAUCUUUUGACGUUCACACAGAAGGACAACAUUCAUACAGGAGACACCUUUGAUAUGAGACGGUCAUAAAAACAUCCUGGAAUUUAAUUAACAAAAUGAUUAUGAACACGUAAGUUCCCUUAUUUCUUUGCAGAGUCAGUUAUCAGCAUCAGAAUACGUUAAAAUGUCAGAUACAGUUCUAAUCAGGCUGAACAUAUGAGUUAAUCACAUUAAUGCACAUGUUAUCAGUCUCUGUUACGCAUAUGCCGGAGAUAUACUUGCUUUUAACCACGCGUUCACAUAGAAUUUUUCACAUACUCGUCUAUGCACUGGGCAUGUUACUGGAGGAUUCCACUAGAGGGCACCAGAGAACUCAGACUGUGUAAAACUUUUGGAUUUGCAUGAUGUAAACAACAUACAUGGUGACAGUCGAAGAGGUCACUAUUGCUGUGUUAGAUUUACCUCAGAAGUUGGAGGUUAGAGCAAGGAAUGACGUCACGUGAGUUGACCACGUUCCAGAGACAACAAGUCGGAAAAUCUAAGAUGUUGUUAGCCAUACCCGUUUUAGCCAGGUAAGCCACUGUUAGCGAGUGUGUUUUGCACAAACACCACAGCAGCAUGUCCACACAUACAAGCUUGGCAGGACUCUGUGUGAGACAAAUAAGACCGAAGUGCUAAUGAACAGUAUAUUAUUACAGCUUUCACUGCUGUUUAUAUAUUGAGCAGCCAUCUUUAAAUUUUGAGGUCAGGGCAUGUGAGGUUCCUCUGACGUUCCGAGUCAGAAAUCUGACUUCAGGGGGUGUUUCAGUUGAAAAUUCCAACUGGGAACUCAGAAAUUGCGACUUCCCAGUGUGAAUGGAGCACAUGAUUAAUUGUUUAUACUUAAGGUGUGGACACACCAAACCGACAUCAAAGAUCUAGCGGCGACGAAAGCCAACUGUUGCGUCGUCUACGUCUCCUCACGUCGCCCUG